AUGACGGUUCCCAACGCGAACCAACCAUUGUUAAAUGACACGAAUAGUGUAUUUAUUACUAGCGAUACAAGCGAUAGCAUGCCAGCACUUCUACCAAACAGCAGUAGUGCUUCAGAGUACGAAAUGACUGAGGGAACCGUAAGAACAGAAGGGCAUGCGAGCCGUGUGAGUCAACACAACCGUAGACUACGAACACAUGUACAUCGACAGGUAGGCAUGUUAAAUAAGAGAGUAGAACGACUAGAGGACAUAGAAAUUAAUAGUCUGGAGACCCCAAGGACGAUAAAGAUGGAUAAUACAAUAGAGAAUUGUAACAGGGAAAAUGUUGUGUUGGAACAAGAGAAUGAGAAUCCAACGUUCACAUCGACAUGGACUCUCCGAACUAUGCCGCGUCAAGAGGAACGCACAACGUCAUGGGAACCGAUACCGGAGCGAGAGUCGAUUCGAACCAAUGGAAGAACAGUAGACGGUAGCAGGAGGUCAUAG